GUACUUUGGGGGCUGGAGAAGCAUGACAUCAUGCACAGCCCCAUCCCUCCCUGCGAAAACAAAGAGUAAAACAUAUUUAUUUCACUACUCCAAACAACAGUCGACGACACAAGCGUCUGCACUGUGAUACCCCGCGGGCCCGUCCUUAAAACCCACCUGGGAUCUGGCCCUGGUGCUCCGGCGUGUGCAGCGGAGUCUGGGAGGGGCAUCCGUCCGCACGUCCGGGUAAUGGCGGAUGGGGAAGCCACCGUGUCUGUGGAGUGGGACAGCAGUGAUGGGGGCUUAGCAGAAUAACAUCCCACUUCUGCGUGUCUAUUUUCUCUGUUUAGCUUGGUAUUCAGCUCUCGCCAUGGAUCCAGAGAAAACGUUGACAUUCUGCCUCGGGCUGAAGGCUGAGGAGAUGACCAUGUCCCUGCAGGGCCUGGAUGGCACUGAAGCUGCUACGGUGGCUGUUUCCCAGAAGGAGCGCACAGUGAAUAAGGUGGUGAAGCAUCACGGGGGCUCAGGUAGCCAGCCUGGUGUCAGCCCCAAGUACUGUCCAGGGGUCAACAACAACCCCGGCUACCUGUGUGAGACGGGGCACUGCUGCGGAGAGACGGGAUGCUGCACCUACUAUUAUGAACUCUGGUGGUUCUGGCUGCUGUGGACGAUGCUGAUCCUCUUCAGCUGUUUCUGUGCUUACCGCCACCGCCGAGCCAAGCUGAGGAUCCAACAGCAGCAGAGACAGAGGGAGAUCAACCUGAUCGCCUACAACGGAGCCAGCAACUACCCUUCCUCCAUGCUUGACCUCAGUUUUCUGGCAUCCUUCAAGUUGCCUUCCUACGAGGAGGUGGCGGCGCAGCCCUGCACUCCUCCUCCGCCUUACAGCUCCGUCUUCGCCCUGCAGGGAGGAACCAUGGGGGGUCCUAGCUCCUCCUACGCUCAUUACCACCACCACCGUCACCCCUGCCCUCCCUAUCUGGGCCCCGGCCCCGGUCCCAGUGGCCUGACUUCCUCCCAGAGCUCUGACAACUACACCAGCUGCUCCUGCGAGUCGUGCUCCCUCACCUCCCCCUCCAGCAACUCCUUCUCUCUCCAGGUGACAGACGAGACGUACAGCAGCCACUUCUCCACCCCCAGUGAAGCAGGGUGCGACUGCGCCGUCAUGCCGAGGCUCGGGGCCAACUUCACUCCCACUUCUUCUACGACACCUCCUUCACAAGUUCCACCUGAUGUUAUACCUGCCGCCGCCCCAGAUGUCAUACCCAUACAGAGAAGGUCCCCUAACGGCAGUGAAGGGGUCCCGCUGCCAUCUCUCUCUCUCCCUCUACACUCUCGUCCUUCACACCCUUCUCGCCUGCCACUUUCUCCCCUCAUCCUGUUAUCCUCCCUCUCUCCUGGUCAAGUCCAUCCUCUUCUCUUCUCAGACCCACUUGGAGCCAUUCAGAGAAGCAGAAAAGAAGAGGUCCUGCCUCGUGGUCCGCCCCCCAGACCCGCUCUGUCCCCCCCUAAACCGGCUCUCUUUGCUUCAAAUGUGGCUGAUUUAACAUAUUACAACAACAAAAAAGAGGAGCAAAAACGAGAAGAGGAGGAAGAGGAAGAAGAAGAGGAGGAUCAUUUCCGGCAUCGCAGGCUAACGGGUGACUCGGGCAUCGAGGUAUGUCGUUGUCACGUGAAGAGAGAAGAGCAAGAGGAGGAGGAACUGCAGAAAGGGCAUUUUUGGAAAGGAGGAAGAGAGGCUUUGCAGGAAGAGGAGAGGGCAGACGUGCUGCACGACAGCAUGGACUGCUCCCUGAGAGCGAGGGCUGCCGCUCACUCACCGCUAUCUGAAGACUGCGCUGAACAGCGAGGCCUCGUCUCCUCAUCCCGUAGAAUCCUCCAGAAGACGUGCGAGGCCAUCAUCACUGUGGAGUCCUCGUAAGCUGACAGCCAGAUGUGAUCCAAAAGAGAAAGAAGUGAGAUGAAAAUGCUUGAUAGCAUCUUCAUGGAUCAAGACUAGUAGGUGAAAAGUCACUGAAGAAAAGUCUUGCAGGUCUUACUUUAAUGGUUGGAGACGGGAUGAGAAAUGAAACCUCUUGUUUUCUCUGUAUUUAAAUGAGAAACUCCCAGAGAAGCCGACACCUGAAAACCCUUUUUUUAAGUUGAUUUAUUUAUGGUUUCGGAAAAGGCAUAUCUUAUUCUCUGAAGUUAUGAAAAAUUCUAAUGAAUUGCUCUUUCCCCAUCUCCAUUUUCACUAGUGGCUCAGUGUCAUAUCUCGAUGUCCCUUUACUGUUUAACAUUGCUAAAAAAAAAACGUUUAGCUCCAUAGAAACAACAUGCCUAAUAGUCAGUGGUUCCCAGCCUGGUGGUCAGGACCCCUCAAGACGUCUCCGGAUAACUCGAGGUGUCUUGACGACUAACCGUGUAAGAAAGUAGAAACAUAUUGUUAUGAUAAAGAAAAAACGACAUAAUGCUUUAUCUAAUAUCUUUUUAUGUGAAACUAUUAACAAUUUUUUAUGCACUUCAAAGUUGUUCAAUAACACAAUCGAGAGGCAAACAUCUAUCUUUAAAGGGCCUGCUUUAAAAGUCUUGGUGUGAAAUGUAUGAGGGGUCCACACAUUAAUAUUAUUUUAUUUUAAAGGGUCACACACACCACGGUUGGGAGCCGCUGCCUGAUAAAGCAUAUUACUCAAAUCAUCUCAGCAGCAAUGAAGAAGACUGUCUAUCAUCAAUUUACAUAGUUUUAAAUUGAGGACAAAUUAUAUUCUAGAAGUUUAUGAAGUUAAGUCACUCAACAAAUUAUUUUCAAAAGAGCAGCUCUAAUUUAUUGUGUCUCUUGAUCCUGUUAUAUAAUCUUAAUUCACUGGAUCCUAUCUUUUGAAGGAGGUUCACAACUAUUGAAUAGUUUGAGGUAUGUGGUGACCUUUUUAGUUGUAGGGUGAUUUUAUUUGCUUUCACCAGCCUACUUCCCUCUGUUUUAGAGGAAAUAAGAAGGGAACCAUUUGGACUGAAUUGUGAAUUGUGUGUUUUUAUACAUUGUGUCUUACGUUGCUCCCAAUAGGAAAGGGGUGCCAACUUUAAUUAUAUCGUGUGGGUGGCAAAGCUUUACAAUGGUAAUAUAUUGUUGUUUUAGACUGUUACAUGAUUAUACUGUAUAAUGAACUGACUGUUUGACUUUGGAUUCAAUGUUGUUGAACACGUUUUCCUGGUUGGUCGUUGCCAUUUUUUUGCAAGGCAACAUAAAUCUGAUUCCUCCAUGGGCGGACUGUUGGGUUUUUACGAGGCAGAAACUUUAAGCCUAGUCUCCUCACUGUUAUUGAAUGUAAAAGGUUAUGCAUCGCAACAAAAAGGAACAUUUGAAUUGUUUACUGAUAAUUUUUAUAGAAUGCAACUUGACUGAAAAACCUCUGGAAAAGUGUCCAAAUCUGCAGCAAGGCAAUACAAUCUGCCAGGUGUGGGGUUAGAAAUAAAGUGCCGAUUGUAAUGUCUGUCUGAGGCAAGUAAUGAUUGUGAGAUAUCGAUGGUGUAAAUGUACGAGGUAAAGGGUUUAGAGUCAGAGUAAUGCCUCUUUAUUUUCUGUGGCUAAAAGGUGGUCACUUCUGAGAGUUGGACUGCUUUGCUCUUAAUGUAUCCUGGCUGAUCCUUUUUUGUAUUUAAAAUCAUCUGUCAGUUGCACAGUGUGUAGAAAAUAGCCUCACUGUGAGGUAGAAACUUGUGGUAGAUGCUCUUACUUGCUAGGAUUGUGUGAAAUUGGAUGAUCUUAGCAGUGGGAAUGGCACAAAUGUACUCGUGUAAUGAAUUCUCAGUGCAAAGUGUACUAAAGCAUGGAACAAGAUUUAGAAAGUGAGAAUGUCUCCCAUCACAUUUUUGUAUGUGUUUGUCUUGCUGUAGUCAAUAUGAGACAAAUGUGUCUGUAGUUCAAUGACUAGACGCCACUUCAUUGUGUCCUUGGCUCAGUGCAAAGCCACCUUAAAUGUUUAAAGUUGAAGGCAAAGCUUUCAACUCAUUUAUAGUUCUACGGAGUGAAAACAUUGCCUGGGUUCGGCUCAAUAUUACCUUUAUUUGUCACAGAUCUUGUUUGUAUAUGGAGUCUAAGGAUGUUUUGGUUUGUUAUGAAGGUCAUUUUAACAUCCUCUGAUCAUCUCUGUUGAAAGCUCUCCUGUGAUGACUCAGAGGUGAAGGAUGGUCUGAUUGAGACCCUCUGAACAUUUCAAUAUGUAAUCUUUCUGGCGGCUAUGGUAAAUGUUUUGGCUAUAUAGUCGGGAUUUUUUUUAUUUUGUGAUAAGUUUAAUGGGCGUUUAUCAAAGUAUAUGGUGCCUAGAUGAAAAUAGACUUUCUGUAAGGCAUUGUUAUAGUUUACUGCUGCUAUGUGAGUGUAUAUGUGUUACGUAAAUUGUAAAGUCGUACAACAAAUGGGCAAAGAUUUUCUAGCAGUGCUUAGCGGUCUCUUUAUAAAAUACACAGUACGCAGUACAUGUGAGACUUGCAAAAAUAGUAUUUAGCAAUAGUAUUCACACUUUUUUCCUUACUCUAGUUAAUGCUGGUUGAUAGGAAAUUAACUGUUGUGAAAAAUACAUUUACCUCUUUAUUACUGAUCCGUGAGCUGUGCUGGGCAGAGGCCUGUGAUUGUACAUGACUCUGCAUUUGAAUGCCUUGGCUUAAGGUUUCUCCCAAGUGCACACUCAGAUGAUCUGGGUUUACAUAGGCCCAGUUGUGCCUGUCGUGUAUUGUCAUUAUAUUUGGGUCACGGAGCUACGCAUCUGUGUUUCUUAAAAAUAUAUUUGAUGACGUUAUUUCCAGAGUCCCAAAAGAUUAGAUAAAGGUUUGAAGGCAUUUCUCAAAUUCAAGUAUUUUUUCCUUAUCCACACAAAUACGGCAGCUGCACAUAGUGUAUCCCCUUGCUUCAUGUGUGAACGUGGACCAAUAUUCACAUGUUUUUUUAGCUGUUACAUUUUCUAUAUUAAUGUUACUUUCUAUUUUUUAUAUAUAAUAUUGCAUUUAUUUGGCCGUGGCCCAUAUGCAACAUCUUGUUUAUUUAGAGCCCAAAGAGGUAAAGUCAGCAAAGAAAAUCAAGGAAGGUGUGUCCCAAUACUCCUUUAUGACGAUUUUUGAGUGUCAAUUUUACAUAGCACAACCAAACGAUGACAUAUUCUGUUAGGAAAAUAACCUUUUUAUUGUACAAAAGUCGUUUUGUCCAGAUUGAUAAAGGCAUCCUUCAUUGAUUUUGAUCAGUGUUGUUGUGUUGUUAAAUGACUUGAUGGACUUAUUAUUAUUACUUUUUUUCAAACAGAUGUUUAGCUCUGUGUCUCAAAUGUAAUUGUAAGCAAAAAGGGCCCAACCAGAGGCUACUUGGACUCCAGCUCUGAUUUGACAUUGAAGCCAAACUGAACUGAGUUCAGUGUAUAUAGAACUAGUUUGAUUUAUUUACCUUGUCAGCAGCUAGUAUGCACAGACAAAACGCCCAAACUCUACCCUCAUUGCCACUACAGGCCAAGGCCUGAUAUAAGACUGUUACCUCGCUGAGUUUUGACUGCAAAGGACUGUUUACUUCAACUUAUCAAGAUAGUAUUUACUCUAUAUUCGUACUGACUUUAUUUUGUGAUGCCGAGAAUUGAAAAAUUGAAAUUGAAGAGCUCAUGUUGGUACGGCUGAAGUGCUGUUUUGCCAGGAAAAAACAAAAUAUCAGUCCCUGUUAAUUCAGGAUUACUCAAUGUUUGCCCCUGGGAAAGUGUUCUCCCCUUUUACCCCUGCAGCUACAAGACAGCAGGAUUUUUAGAAGUAUCUUUAUGUGAUUGUAUGUGGAUUAGUUCAGAUAAAUAUUGCUACAACAUGUGGUGUUCUUUGAGGGUAUCCUUGUGCAAUUCUACCUGCGGCUCUUCAGUGUAUGCAUGUGUGAGAGAGUUAUCGUCGGCCGUGUUGUUGUGCUGUUUAAAUCAUCGUUGCUUAUUAUGAGGCCAAAGUCGAUUGUUGCUGGUAUUUGUUAACAUGUCAAUAUAAAUAUCCAAACAUGUUUAUGUCAUCAUGAAUAUCAAGUUGAUUUUGUAUCUUGGUGUAUAGCAUAGAGAUUUCUGAUGCUUACUCUGAUGUCAAAUCAAAACUAGCAGAUUCUCUCAUAUCUAUUUGUUUGGUUGCACAUGUCCUGGUGCUGGUUUCCCCCAGAAGGCGCAGUAUUUAAUUUCCUUCAAUUUGAGGUUUUUCAAUUGAUGCUCAUUGGGAUUCUACCUUGUUGAACACAGAAAUCUGCGUUACUUUAUUCAGCAAAACUUUGGAUUUUGUGUCAAAAUAAAAGCUUCAAAAUGCUACCAAA